CGCAGAGGCCCAGGUCCAUGCUGGACUCGCCGGGCUCCUCCUCCACCGGCUCCGUCGGCUCAGCGCCGUGGAGCGCUAGUGCCACCGUUGAGCUCGAGCAGCAGCCAUUGGAGGGGGAGUCGGAGAAGCAACAAGCCGUGUACCGCGGGGUGCGGAGGCGGCCGUGGGGCAAGUUCGCGGCGGAGAUCCGGGACUCGACGCGCAACGGCGUGCGCGUGUGGCUGGGCACCUUCGACAGCGCGGAGGCGGCGGCGCUGGCGUACGACCAGGCGGCGUUCGCCAUGCGGGGCGCGGCGGCGGUGCUCAACUUCCCCGCGGAGCGGGUCCGGCAGUCGCUGGAGGGGAUGGGCAUGGGCACGGAGGCGUGCGGCGGCGGGUCGCCGGUGGUGGCUCUGAAGCGACGGCAUUCCAAUUCGAUGCGGGUGCGGCGGCCGGCGAGGCGCAGGGGCAGGAGCAGAGGCGAGGUGAUGGAGCUGGAGGACCUGGGAACAGAGUACCUGGAGGCGCUGCUGGGCGCCACCUCCACGCCGCAGACGGAGAGGGAGAGCAGCAGCAGCAGCUGGUACUGCAGGAGCCACCACUCUGUCUGAUGCGGCUCUGACCUGACGACGGGCAGCCAGCCAAUUAAAUACGUUUUGAUUUGAUUGUUCUUGGCUAGUAUUACAGGCAGUAUCUAUCUAGAUUGAGAAAUGAUGGUGAAAUGGAAGGAAAGAGUUCGAGCUUUGCGAGCACUUGACUACUCACUCACUCACUCACUCACCUAGCUAGUAGAUGUAGGAGUACUCCUAUGUUUGGUUUGAUUUGAUAUCCUCGACUCGACUCGACUCGUCGUGGUCAUUCAUUCAAAAUGAUCACCAAUGAUGAACAUGUACAAUCAGUUCAAGGUGCAACGAAUCUGCUUGCUGUGCUGCCGCUGGGAAUCAUUCAGUCAGUCAGUGACCCGGACUAGACCGGCCGGGCCACUAAU